AUUCAUCUAAGAAACUGCCGUAACAUCAAACAAUGCCAAUUGUAUGUCCAGACAUCGUUAUUACCAGCUUCCCAUGACCGCCAUCUUGAAAUGUAAAUGUUUGUUUCCUCUGACUGACGUUUAAACUAAAGGUAGCAAUUUAUAUUUGUUCAGAUCUCGGCGUGCAGGAUGAAUCACAUAAUAGUACAAACGCAGGAAUAACAAAGUGAGUAUUUUGGACAUUGUGUCUCAUCAGCGACACUUUUUUACGGAUAUUUCAUGGCCUUUGUUUUGGUGGAAUAACGUUAGCUAGUUAGCCAUGGCAUUGUUCGUUGUUGUGAUGUCUUGGCCCAAGCUGUAGCAUUCGCUAGCUUUCAUCUAGCUAAGUGAGAAUCACAGAUUUUCAAAAGCAGAGCAAGUACUAAUAUCUGUAUGAAGCCCCAGCUAACUUGGUAACUAGAAAGCGCAUAGCCUCUGCAUCAGACCUGAGUCAUGUGGUGUUAGCAUGCUAACGUUAGCCUAGAUUUUAAAGCUAGUUUAGUUUAUUAUUGUGACACAUUACACUGGCUAGAACGACCCUAUUUCUGCAGGUGUAAAGUUGCCUGUCGAGAAAGAUGAAAUUAAUAAAUAGACCAGAUGAAAUACUAUGGAAACUCAUGAAAGUUAACAUGUAACCACAAGGUGUCAGCCUUUGAUAAGCUAUUAGCUACCAACUGUUCAGGAUCUGUUAGUUUUGUUAGGCCCCACUUUCUGCUUAGUUGAUGCGCUUGCAGUUUCUCCUUCAGGAGUAGCUAUCGACAACUCAAGGGCCUUAUAGUUAAGCAUUUCACUGUACUGUUUACACCUGCUGUAUCCUGUGUAUGUGACAAUAAAAUGUGAAACUUGUCUUAGGUUCUCAGCUGAUGGUAUGGAGCAGGGGUUCCCAAACGUUUUCACUCAGGCCCCCCUUCCAGCAUUGGGGAACACCCCCCCCCCCUGUGCGCACCAAGUCUAUUUCUAUGGGCACAAACACUGUUCAUGAUAGAAACUGUUCACACCCCUCUUGUUGGCCGAGAGAAAAUGUUGCAGGUUUAAAGCUUAUUUCCUGCAAUUCUACACUUUUUGUCAUGGAGUGCAGAUCUUUUUUUUGUUGUUGCAGUUUUAAAGCAAAUGUACUUGCUAUUCUAUUUGCUCCUGUAAGUCGCUCUGGAUAAGAGCGUCUGCUAAAUGACUAAAAUGUAAAAAUGUAUACAUUUUGCCAUAUCUGAUGUGUAUUUAUGAGAUAUUUGAGUGACUCCAACAUUACAACAAUCUAUGGGCUAAAAAAACCUAGCUAGAAAUCAUUAGCUGACAUUGGCUAGUUGAUCAGGACAUUUCUGACAAGUUAGAAAUAGCUCUCUAAGGCAUGCAAUGACUGACAUGAUGAGAGGAAAACUGACGAUGCACUACCCAAUUUCGAAAUUACACCUUGUACAUUAUACUAUUACAACUAUCAAGCUGGACUGAGUCCUCCCCCCACAAGGUGCAACUUUGAAAUUGGGUAGUGCAUCAUCAGUUUUCCUCUUGUCAUGUCAGUCAUUGCAUACCUUAGAGAGCUAUUUAUAACUUGACAGAAACAUAAGCACCCCUUAUGUGAUCUUUGAAGUUCAUUGCCUACAAGUGUUUACUCUCAAACCUGUUUGUUUCUUUGUUUAGGUCCAGAAUGCAUAGUGCUCAAUCCCUGUCUGUAUCAAGAUAAGAUUCAACCACGCUGGCCUCCUAACCAUCCCUCAUCCUCACUCUGCAGAUCUUCAAGCACAGAAUAGGGUAAAUGCUUGCUGGAUCUGGCAUAAUGAGGUAGAUGGGGGAAUCAAGAACAUGGUGUUGAAUGGCAGAGGCGGCAUUGCAGCAGAUUCUGCCAGUGAUCAAUCCAUAACCUCGGCCAGGUCUUCUUGCGACAGAGCAAGGGCUUCCUUUAAAGUAGGAGAUGUAGUCAGCGUAGUGCCUUGUUGUCCUGGCAUACUCACCACAAAAUUACAGAACCUAUAAAUGACCCCUUUUUCAGCUCAUAAAUAAAUUACAACUGCUCUAUUGCUAGAUUUUUUGAAUUGUGUAAAAAAAAAUUUUUGGGACUCACUCAUUAUUAUUGUGGCAUAACUUAGCUAUUUAGCCCAUGGCAUUGUUCGUUGUUGUGAUGUCUUUUGGCCAAGCUGUAGCAUUCGCUAGCUUUCAUCUAGCUAAGUGAGAUCACAGCUUUCAAAAGCAAGCAAGUCUAAUAUCUGUAUGAGCCCCAGCUAACUUGGUAACUAAAUCGCAUAGCCUCUGCAUCAGACCUGAGUCAUGUGGUGUUAGCAUGCUAACGUUAGCCUAGAUUUUAAAGCUAGUUUAGUUUAUUAUUGUGACACAUUACACUGGCUAGAACGACCCUAUUUCUGCAGGUGUAAAGUUGCCUGUCGAGAAAGAUGAAAUUAAUAAAUAGACCAGAUGAAAUACUAUGGAAACUCAUGAAAGUUAACAUGUAACCACAAGGUGUCAGCCUUUGAUAAGCUAUUAGCUACCAACUGUUCAGGAUCUGUUAGUUUUGUUAGGCCCCACUUUCUGCUUAGUUGAUGCGCUUGCAGUUUCUCCUUCAGGAGUAGCUAUCGACAACUCAAGGGCCUUAUAGUUAAGCAUUUCACUGUACUGUUUACACCUGCUGUAUCCUGUGUAUGUGACAAUAAAAUGUGAAACUUGUCUUAGGUUCUCAGCUGAUGGUAUGGAGCAGGGGUUCCCAAACGUUUUCACUCAGGCCCCCCUUCCAGCAUUGGGGAACACCCCCCCCCCCUGUGCGCACCAAGUCUAUUUCUAUGGGCACAAACACUGUUCAUGAUAGAAACUGUUCACACCCCUCUUGUUGGCCGAGAGAAAAUGUUGCAGGUUUAAAGCUUAUUUCCUGCAAUUCUACACUUUUUGUCAUGGAGUGCAGAUCUUUUUUUUGUUGUUGCAGUUUUAAAGCAAAUGUACUUGCUAUUCUAUUUGCUCCUGUAAGUCGCUCUGGAUAAGAGCGUCUGCUAAAUGACUAAAAUGUAAAAAUGUAUACAUUUUGCCAUAUCUGAUGUGUAUUUAUGAGAUAUUUGAGUGACUCCAACAUUACAACAAUCUAUGGGCUAAAAAAACCUAGCUAGAAAUCAUUAGCUGACAUUGGCUAGUUGAUCAGGACAUUUCUGACAAGUUAGAAAUAGCUCUCUAAGGCAUGCAAUGACUGACAUGAUGAGAGGAAAACUGACGAUGCACUACCCAAUUUCGAAAUUACACCUUGUACAUUAUACUAUUACAACUAUCAAGCUGGACUGAGUCCUCCCCCCACAAGGUGCAACUUUGAAAUUGGGUAGUGCAUCAUCAGUUUUCCUCUUGUCAUGUCAGUCAUUGCAUACCUUAGAGAGCUAUUUAUAACUUGACAGAAACAUAAGCACCCCUUAUGUGAUCUUUGAAGUUCAUUGCCUACAAGUGUUUACUCUCAAACCUGUUUGUUUCUUUGUUUAGGUCCAGAAUGCAUAGUGCUCAAUCCCUGUCUGUAUCAAGAUAAGAUUCAACCACGCUGGCCUCCUAACCAUCCCUCAUCCUCACUCUGCAGAUCUUCAAGCACAGAAUAGGGUAAAUGCUGCUGGAUCUGGCAUAAUGAGGUAGAUGGGGGAAUCCAAGAACAUGGUGUUGAAUGGCAGGCGGCAUUGCAGCAGAUUCUCCAGUGAUCAAUCCAUAACCUCGGCCAGGUCUCUGCGACAGAGCAAGGGCUCCUUUAGAAGUAGGAGAUGUAGUCAGCGUAAGUGCUGUUGUCUGGCAAUACUCACCACAAAAUUACAGAACUAUAAAUGACCCCUUUUCAGCUUCAUAAAUAAAUUACACUGCUCUAUUGCUAGAUUUUUUGAAUUGUUUAAAAAAAAAUUUUUGGGACUCACUCAUUUAUUUUUUGUAAUUUUUCACCUCAGGUGUCAUCAGUUCUGCCCUUGAGGCAGAGAGACGUCAUACCCCGUCGUCGGGUAUGACUCCAAAGGAGCUCUGUGAGAAUGAUGACUUGACUACAAGCCUUAUUCUGGACCCCUACCUCGGCUUCCAGACCCAUAAGAUGAAUAGCAGGUUUGUCUCUCUCUGGCUCACAAUUGUCCACAUUUGUCAUAAUAGCUUGUGCAUAAGUCAGCAGCCAAAGUUUCACAACAUCUGGGGAGGGGGUUUACUCGUAUGCCUUAGACGAUCUUGCCUAUCACGUUAGGCUAUGAGUCGACACACCAGCUGCAUAACAUUUGUAUUGAGAAUGGUUUGGAAAGUGGUUAAAAAUUGACUGUCUAUGGUGUGCUUUUAGGUUUCGACCCAUCAAGGACCGACAAGGACAUUUGAAGGAGGUGCUAGAGUGCUUUAAAAAACAUGACAACCUCGAGAAUGCCUUCCAUGCCUUGACUGCAGGGGACUGGUCAAGACCCCACUUUCACCACAAGACGAAGGCUCAGGGCAAACUCUUCAAAGAGCAUGUAAGUUAUCUAGAAAUAUCCACUGUUGAGUAAAAAGCAUGAACCAUCAAAACAACAAUAUGUGAAAACUAUUAUUUUGUGUGUGUUUUGGCAGGUUUUUGUUUACCUACGAAUGUUUGCAACUAACAGUGGGUUUGAAAUACUUCCUUGCAAUCGUUAUUCCUCUGAGCAGAAUGGAGCCAAAAUUGCAGCAACAAAAGAGUGGUAAGGAUCUGAAUUCAAUUGUAGUAUGAUACAUUUUGUUAAAACAAAAUGUUGCACUAAGUAUAUAGUCAUUUUACAAUCUCAAAUAUUCCUCAUUCAUAUUUUCCCAAGGAAAACCAAUGAUAAGAUAGAAUACCUGGUGGGCUGCAUCGCUGAGCUAUCACAGCAUGAGGAAAGCAUGUUACUGCGACAUGGUGAAAAUGACUUCAGUGUGAUGUACUCCACCCGCAAGAACUGUGCUCAACUGUGGCUGGGACCUGCAGCCUUCAUCAACCAUGGUAUACGUCACCAUGCACUUGACAAUAACGAUCUGCCUCAUUCAAAACACUUAUGCUAGAAUUCAAAUACCUAUAUUAAGAGACUAAACAAAUCUGUUUGUUUGUUUUUCAGAUUGCAGGCCAAAUUGCAAGGCAAGUAAUACCAAUGCCUGCAAAUCAAAAGUAUUGUGUAAAAUUAAGUGAAUUGUAGAAAUGGCUAACAAAUGUUUGUGUAUGUGUUAUUACAGUUUGUUUCCACUGGGCGAGAUACAGCUUGUGUCAAGGUUCUGAGGGAUAUUGAACCUGGGGAAGAGAUCUCAUGUUACUACGGAGAUGGCUUCUUUGGGGAAAAUAAUGAACUAUGUGAAUGUUACACCUGUGAAAGGUAUAAUUUAUUGAUUUAAUAUCAAACUUGUAGUUACUUUAUAUGUAUAAUAAUGAGUCCUACAUUGGCUGGGAUUUUGCUAUUUCACAUCUUCUGGUCCCUUCAGACGAGGUGCUGGUGCUUUCAAACCGAAGACUGGGCAGCCUACGGCCACUCCUAUUAUCAACAGCAUGUAUGGCCUGAGAGAGACAGACAAACGGCUCAAUCGACUUAAGAAACUAGAAGAAGACAGCAAAUGCUCUGACAGUCAGUUGGAUGGCUCUAAUAUGGAUCCAGACUCUCAGGAAAAUCGUGACACACAUUCAUGUAAGUGCACCUUUGUGGUUGAGCAGGGAUUGACGUUAAGGUUUGCCCUAUUGCCUAGGCUAGGGUGAGUGAACUGAACAGUCACGCAAGUUAAGCCUGCUCUGUGGUUGCCCCAUUGAGCAGGUGAUUUCAACAAUAAAACUGAAAACAACCAAAAUGCAAACAAUUCCAGUAGCCUUAAAUUGAGAUUUUUGGUUCCUCCCCAUUGUUUAAGUGGAAUAUGGACCAUUUAUGGCAUCUGGGCAAGUUGUGCUUACUCUGUGGUUGCCCCAGGAAUUUCAGGAAAAGGUUACUGCAAACCAAAAUACGAUGAUUUCCAAUAGUGAUCUUUCUGGUUCCUCCCCUAUGUGCAGGAGAAAGUCAGGCUAUAAAUGGUAUUUCUGCAUGUAAAAAGCUAAUUGACGUUUUCAGGCAAGUGAUCAAAAUCUUCGGGCAACUAAAACAUACUCCCGAGUCCUGACUUGCCUGAUGGGCAAGUGAUUUUCAGACAUUGGGUCAAUCCCUGGGUUGGGGAUAUAUAGCUGCUAUUGGUCAAUUCUAAGAUUUACUGGACACCCAUAUUUGCAUUAAGAACUAUAACACUACAUCAUGCUACAUAAUAAUAUUCUAAUACAUUGCAAUGAUUGUCAUUAGGUUUAGUAAUGUUUCUCAAACUUUCUGAUGACUGUUCUGCCAUUAUUUCUUAUUUUUCCUGUCCACAUCUCAGCUGAAGGGAGGACAGCCUGCUCCAUUGUAACAAGGCUCAGUGAAGCACAAGCCUUUCACAGGCAAACUCUGUCCAAAAUGCCUAUCCCUACCUCAUCAUUCAAUCAAAGACACUCAAAGAACUCCAACGUGCCAGAGAGACUAAACUCAAAGUCCAUAAAGCCUUUGCACAAGCUAGGAAGAAGGUGUCAGGUAACUGCACACAGGUUUCCCAUUGAGGUGGAAGCUAUGGGUUUGUGCCUUAAGGACCCGACAGAAUUAGUCAGUAACAGGGUCUCACGAAAGAGAGAGAUGGAUAAGCAAGGACCCAUGCAAGUGGUGGGAGCAAGGGGUGGUCUUGUGCACUACACUGUGAAGGAACACAAUCAGAACUCAAUGAAAGAUGGUAGUAGGUGCCCUGAUGGUUUAGCUUGCACUCACAGAACUCGUAGUUCAACCAGAGCAUCAGUUGGCACACAGGGGUCUGACAACAUUAAACUUGAACCAAACUGCGGUGUGGUUAGUAAGACCAAGCCUAUGGACCUUGGAGAGUAUGUCACAGAUGGUCACUGGAUGAACAGCCCAAGCCUGGAUAUCAACUGUCCAAGUAAGACCUGCCCCAGACAGAGGCAAAUGAUAAAUCAGGAGGAGCAGCACUCUUUCAGACCAGCAUCCCUUCUCCAGGAGGAGGUUCCAGGCCUACACCAUGCAGCCCGUACCCCAGACAUAGCUGAAUGCAGGAAAGAGUUGCAAUGCCAGCCAGAUGGUCGUGAGUACUACAACAACCUGUCGAAGGGAGACAAGCUUCUCCAACUUGGCAAGGGGAAGAAGAAACAGCAGAUUACUCGCUAUGAUUCCCAGCUGAUCCUAGCCAACAACAGCUCAGGCAUCCCCAAGUUGACCCUGCGUAGACGAAGGGACAGCGGCAGCAGUAGGAUUGAGCCUGGUGAGGCUGACCAUGCAAAGUCCUCCAGCUCCAUAAAGACCAGCAUGAAAUUUGGGAAGAACCAUCACCAUGCAAAGACCAAGAGGAGCUCUUAUGCAGCCAGACGGAGUAAUGGGACUUUCAGUCCUAUGGACCACAUCCAUUCCUCCAAACAUGGCCUCAGUCUUGUGGACCACAUCCGCUCCUCCAAACAUGGCCUCAGUCCUGUGAACCACAUCCAUUCCUCCAAACAUGGCCUCAGUCCUGUGGACCACAUCCGCUCCUCCAAACAUGGCCUCAGUCCUGUGGACCACAUCCGCUCCUCCAAACAUGGCCUCAGUCCUGUGGACCACAUCCAUUCCUCCAAACAUGGCCUCAGUCCUGUGGACCACAUCCGCUCCUCCAAACAUGGCCUCAGUCCUGUGGACCACAUCCGCUCCUCCAAACAUGGCCUCAGUCCUGUGGACCACAUCCGCUCCUCCAAACAUGGCCUCAGUCCUGUGGACCACAUCCAUUCCUCCAAACAUGGCCUCAGUCCUGUGGACCACAUCCAUUCCUCCAAACAUGGCCUCAGUCCUGUGGACCACAUCCAUUCCUCCAAACUGCAGAUUCAGCUGCAGCGUGAGUGGAACAGCAGGAGGCUCAGCCAGUAUCACCAUGGCACUGGGCCCUUCACGGGUAUAGUAGAGAGGGAGGCAGGGGAGGUCUUUGGGCCUACAGUAGCAACAUUUGGGAUGCAUGAUGACACGGAGGAAGACUCGUCCUCUUCUGAAGAAGAGGAUGAUGAAGACGUCACUGACCAUGAAGAGUUUGACGAUUUUAUUCCACUUCCACCAACAAAACGCCUCCGGCUCAUUGUUGGUAAAGACUCUAUAGAUAUUGAUAUUGCAUCAAGGAGACGUGAAAACCAGUCACGAACAGUCAAUGCAUGA